ACGUGACUCCCUCCCGAGAUGUGGUGAUGAUAGCCACUUAAUUGCCCUUUUAAUAGCCUUUUGGGUGUCUGACUUUAGUGAUUAGUUCUCCUAUCUAACAAGGUGUAGGCAGUGAAUGAUAAUUUAUAGUGUCAUUACUUAUUGUCAUUGAUCCAUGUUGUUUAUCUCCAGAACACAUGCGGUAUUUCUAACACAUCUCGCUUUUUUUUUUCUUUUUUUUUCGUUUACAAGUUAUUCUACGUAGGCAGGCUAGUAACAUCGCAAAUUUGGCAGCAGUGUUGUGGUGCCAGUGCCAGGUGGUGGUGGCAGUGGUGGUGGAGCAUCGGUGUUGUGUGGUGGUGGUGUCGUGACAUGCUCCUGCCCUGCCUCUGGAACCUGUGACAGACUGGGGUAAUGGGUGGCAAAUUACUUGAUUAGAAUGGAAAUGUUGGGAAAAGUACAGCAAAUGAGCGAAUUAUAGCUCAUGCAAUGUGUGAAUGAAAAUAUCCACUCGUCUCUGGCUCCCCUACUCCUAACUAUUGGUGGAGUGAGUGUGCCUGGCGGGGACGGGGGGUGCCUGCUGGGGGAUGCCACUUCCCUCGCCCUACCGCAAUCCUGGUCGCUGGAGGGCCGUUGUCUUCCGCCAGGAAGUCCGCCACGGCACAGCAGGCUGUCUUCUUUCCCUGAUCCUGCUGGCGCCGCUGCUGGUGCGGGAGUGGGGACUCACGCCGGUGGUGGUGGGCAUCGUCUUCUACAGCGGCGUCAUCGUCCCUGCACUCACAGGCUACUUUUCCUUCGCUAAGCUCCUGCUGCGGGUCGUUCGGUCACUGUUGGCUGUGUUCUUCGCUCUGCCCAGUACAGCAUCCACCAAUGGCUACGCGCACUUCAGGGGGUGGGCGACUUCCCUGGGGCGGUGGGCGGCGGGGGCGGUGCGGGGCGUCGUGGUGGGCGUGAGGUUCCUCCUGGUGGGGGUGGUACGGGCUUGUGUGGUGCUGCCCGUGGCUUUGUCCGUGGCAGUGACUCUUGCCAUACAUGAAACGUACAUGAGCCUUUACGGAGCCCGGAUCACAGCCAAUCAGGUGGUGUUUUUCCUAAUGGUGCAGGAGCUGGUGACGCCCUGGGCACACCUCACGUCCCUCUACUUCCUCCUCUUCUACACCGUCCUCGUCUACAUCCACAGAGCUCUCUUCGGACGCCACUGGGCCAUGAGAGUGCAAGUGGGCCAAUCACAUGACCUGGCGCGCCUGGCCGUGUGGUACAUUGCAACGAGGCUGGGCAAGGGCGUGGCCAUGUCCUUCGUGCUGGUCAUGUUCACACUUCAGUUCUCCCACGUCGAGCCUGACCUGACCUUCAUCUCCAUCACCUUCACUUACUUUAUUCUCACACAACACAAGUGGACAGGGGAGGAGCGAAUCAUAACAUGGAUACGAGCACUCCGUCUGCCACCCCUGGAGGAGGAGGAAGACUUCUGGGUGCCUCUGGGGGCCCUCGUGCUCCCUCUGGUGAUGUCUGCGGGCGUGGCGGUGGUGGUGGCGCCGUCCCGUCCGUGGCUGGUGGUGGUGGCGGCCUACACUAACCUGCUUGUGCCGGGUCUGGUGGUGGCGCAGAGGGUGGCAGGCCGAGACUCCCCGCAUGCCGCCGUCCUCACCGCCUGCAGGAAGGCCACGCCCAAGGAGCUGGAGGACCGCCCCACCUGCCCCGUGUGCCUGGAGGAGCUGCGGCAGGCCAGAGUGACGCCCUGCCUGCACCUCUACCACGCCUCCUGUCUCGCCUCCUGCCUCGCCCACUCUUCCCUCUGCCCGCUCUGUAAGCAACACAUAUGACUGUUUUCGCUCCUGAUUAAGCUCUGUAUUCUAGAGUUGUAUAUUCUCCUCCAAACAUUCUUUUUGUGUUUUUAUUGUAUCUUCGUUGUGGGUUUCUUUUUAUAGUCAUAAUAAAAGUUAUCGAUGGAUUUCACUGU